CCAGAGUGGUGUGUCAUGAUAGGUAAGUUGAAAUUGAGGGUGUGAUCAACACUGCCAGUCAGAUGUGUUUGAACAGGCUAAAUGUUAGCAUUUUGGUUAAAUCUGAAGUUUAUUAAAACUUUUGAUUCAUAGUAAAUACCCUGAAAUUUAACAAUACACCAUGAUAGCAUCAUAACGUUUGUGGCUUGUUAUUUUAUUGGAAAUGCCAUCGAUGUCGGUCACUGUAGCAAACAACUUGUUGCUGUCUAUACCUUUAAUAUACUGUUGGUCUCACAGAUGUUUUGCGGUCAUAGUGUUUCCUGCCUUUUCAUGGUGUAAGUCAGACUGCCCUAAGAUCCUUUACCAGUUCUCUCUCCAAGACAAUCUUUUAAUCCCUGCAUAAUAUGAAUUUUAUGAUAAACUAAUCUCUUAUCUCUCAUAAGAUAUUUGCUCCCAGUUCACCAAAAACAUAAAAAGUCAAAACCAUUUCCCCACCCCCAAGACUAUUUCCUCAUUUCAAGGCAUUCAAAGCAAACCGUUCCCUCACCCCUUUCAACACUCUGCUUGAGAUUUAACCAAAAACUAAUGUAGUGAAAGUAACUAUACCACAAUCUGUUCAAAGACAUGACUGCUAACGUUUCUGUCUUUAGCCUGAGCAUAAUGAGAAUGAAUUGGUGAUGUUGUGAAAGUUGUUCCUGGUUGUUCCUGGUCGAUUAUUCACUUUGUCAGGCUGAUCUGAUCUGCCAUAUUAAUAUUUAAACAGUAGAUGGAUCUGCCUUUGAUUUAAUUGGGAAAUCUUUGACCAUGCUUUGCAUUUGCUACAUCCACGUGAGCCCCCCCCCACACACAUGCAAGAUAAAACCCAUGAUGUGCAUAACAGGAACGCUCAUGUCAGUCAGUGAGUUGCUUGUUUACUGGUUGACACACGAGGCCACACAGCCAUGUGCACAUGAGUUUCACGAGUCCCUUGCAGGUAAAAUAUAAAAAGAUGCUAAUACUCUGUAUCUGCCAAGGUUUUUCCUUUAAUGAUAAAAGCAAACAGUCACUGUGCUCGGUCCUAUUAUAAGUAAUUCAUUAAUUGUUAAAACACCACUGCCCUGUUUGCAAAUGAGUAAAACUGUAAUGAAAUCAUCCCGCUGCUUCAUGGCUUUGGUACAGCGGUCGGUCACUGUUACAUCUCUUAAAAUGUCACUUCCUCAGAAAGCUAAAUCCCUACGGCUAACAACUUCGAUGUGUUUUGAACAGUCAGCGGAGAGCUUCAUGAAGCUAUGGUUUUAUUUCUAAGUUUUGACAUUGUAAUUCCAAGGUCCAGAUUUUUUGACUUAGCGGAGAACAACACAUACUUGUAAAUAUGCAUUUUCUAGGUAUUUACAAACAAGAACUUUGGGAGCGCCUCAAUUUUGUAGAAGCUGUUCAAAGAAGAGGUAUGCCGUUUUUAAUUAUGCAAAUUCACAAAAAAUAAUUCUAGAAAUGGACGACAACAAACCAGUUGGUAGUUGCAACAUCUUGUUGUAACUUUUUAGAUUUCUUUUUUUUAAGCUGGUGGUGAUGGUCUGGUUGAUUUGACAAAGAGGAGAUUUUAUGUUGCAGCUGUUAUAAGACAACUUAUCCCACUGUACAAUACAUAUUUUUAAGUAUAUGUUGCUGGAUUUGUCCUGUUCAGUUUUUUCACCACUUCACAGCUGUACAACAAUCAACAUUGAUUUUUUUUUCCUCUAGUUUGUUUUAAUUUUUUUUAUGUGAAGACUGUUUUCAUGCAUGUUGAGAUGACCUGGCUGGUUUUUAUCCCUGUUUUUAUCAGUUUGUAUUGAUUUGUGGAUGAAAAAAAAAAGGAAAAAGAAAAAAAAAAAAAAGCUUUUGUUCAACCUGCAGAGUCAAAUUUUGGUAUAUUAUUUGAUGUGUACAAUGACUUGUGACAUUAUCAACACAACUAUUAUAAUAUUUUACUAACAUGUCAGUCAAAUAUGUAAUGGUCAUGUAAGUUCUUUUUUUUUUUCCUGCAGUUACUUAGCGGGGCUAAAGCUGAGGUUGCUCCCUGGUGUGUGUCGUAUUUCCGAAGCUUUGGACACGUUUGUUUGGGGAAAUCAUGUUGCCCCAGAGCAGUCAUUGGCUAUUCUCUGAAGUUGUGCAAUACUAAUAUUUCACCGCUUCUUCAUCUACACUUUUAUUUAUUUUAGAAGAGAUUGAGCCAAAGACAUUUUAAAGGGAUUUUAUUUGCAAAUUUUCAUCAUUGCUGAUUUGUUUUUAAAGCUUCAUUUCUGUCCCAUCAUGAAUUCUCGUCUCCAAAAUCAGUUGGACAGGAUCUUUGCUGUGAAGCCAAGGGUCUGUACUCUUGUAAUGAAGUAUUCACCUCCAAAUAUUACACCGUAUAUCAUCCUAUGAAUCCAUUUCUUGGAAACACUCUGUGUUGCCUUUUAAAGAAAACAAAGUGAAACUAACUUGUUUGUGUGUAUGUGUAUGUGUAUGUGUAUGUGUAUGUGUAUGUGUAUGUGUAUGUGUAUGUGUGUGUGUGUGUGUGGCGCAUGGAAAGGGAGCAACCUUCUGCCCAGCCAGUAGAGAGCACUAUGUUCAGCCUUCUGUAAACGCCACAUCUCCUCCUGUUAUCUGUUUGCUCUCCUCUGUUCUUCCCUCGCUGCAGUGAAUCAAUGGCACACCUGUUCUCCCAGCCUCCCAGUCCCAUUGGUUCCUCCCUCGUGGGUACAAAAUACUGAAUAGAUCUGUUUUACUCUUCUUCAUUUCAGUUGGUGGUGGUUAUAAUAAAGGAUUUAGACUGUGUUUCAAAGGUUUAUUUUCUUUUUUUUUUAUUUGUUUCUCUAUUAAAGUGUUUUUAUUGAAACUGCU